AUGAACUUUAAGGAUAUCUCAACAUUUUUACUAUUUUCACAGUGCCAUAUAUCCAACUGGAGUUCUCUGAAAAUUGUGUUGGCCUUCCUGUCGGUCAACAUCUUUUGGCUUUUGAAGCAUUCGGAUGUCGCCUACGCACUGCUGCAACCUCUGAACAGUUUGGACGGCUUUGUGAUUCCGAAUAACUCGGCAGUGUUGGCAUUUGAGCACAUCGAUCUUAGCUUUGGCCGCUGGGACAAUCAGCAGCUGUACAGGAUCAAGGACUUCGCAUUGCUGGGCGAUCAGUACAUUGACUCUUCCGAUGGCAGUUUGAUUUGCUUGGCCACACAGACUUCGGUGGAGCGCCUCAAUUCUCUGCCCCAGGUGGCUGCCAACUGGCAGGGAAAGAUGUCCGUGGCCGUUUUUGCCGCUGGUCACGAGGAGUUCUUUGUCCUGCAAUAUUUCGUGACCUACAUGCGUCUGUGUUUUGCCAACAUCCGCGAGAAUGCCACGUUUCAUUUGCUUACGCCCAGGGACUACGAUAAGCUGCCCCGAGUGGAGGCACUCCCCCUGAAUAUGAGAGGCAAGUUCGACUGCCAGUAUCCGGAUAGAACGCUUAAAUCGCUGCUCAAGUUCCGAUCUUUAAAAACCCUGCAGUGGCGGCAAAGAAACACCUAUCCACAAAACCACAUGAGGAACUUGGCGCGCAAGGGCUGCCAGACAAAGUACGUCUUUCUCACCGACAUCGACAUUGUGCCCAGCACGAACAGCGUGCCGCAGCUAAACCAAUUCUUCAGGACAGCAAACUGCUCCAAAAGUUGUGCCUACGUAAUCCCUACUUUCGAGAUCGACGUUAGAGCCACGUUUCCCCACUCCAAGAACUCUUUGCUACGGUUGAUAAGAAAAGGUUUGGCCCGACCUUUCCACGAAAAGGUGUUUAUAUACAACCAAUAUGCAACCAACUUUUCCAAAUGGUUAUCCACAAACGCAAGUGAGACGGAGGUCUCAGUAAGCCAUAUCGUAACAAACUUUGAAUUCCUCUAUGAACCAUUCUACAUUGCUGUAGACAACGCACCCGCCCACGACGAAAGGUUUCUGGGCUACGGGUUUACCAGAAACUCCCAAGUGUAUGAAAUGCAUAUAGCUGGCUAUCAGUUCUAUGUAUUGUCUCCAGUUUUUACCGGCCAUUGGGGAUUACAAAGGAAGCAGGCGAGACCUGCUUGGCGAGAGCAGCAGAACAAUGCGAAUCGAAGAAAGUUUGAUGUUUUUAAAAGCGAAAUAUUUGUGCGGUACAAAAAUGACCCCCGUCUGCUAUUGAAAUCCAAAAGGAAUCAAAUCUUAGUUAAAUAAAAACUUUAUUAGUUGAUAGCA